AUGAUCGCCAAACCUAGUCUCCAAUAUCACUCCGACACUGAGAUUAUUCUGCGAAUUCUUUUUAUCAUCUUGCUUCAACUACAGGUUUUUCAAUUGCUGACCGGAGAAACAAUGGUACUGAAUCAAGAAGAGAAUUGGUCUUCUGGAAUCAAGUUUGAUAAGGAGGGUUUCUUGGAGAGAUGUCAAAACAAAGAAAGGGAAAAUCCGAAAGGUUUUGAUGGUUUGAAGUUUGAUAAGGUUUAUGAAGACACUGAUGAUUUCAUUAAUUUGUUAUUCGAUGAUUUGCCUGGGGAUUCCUUUGGUAUGGAUCGCAAAAUAAGUUCUCUUGAUGCGGCUAUUAUACGUUGCAUUGAGGCUUUUGAUAGAGAGACUUGUGGGUUUAAGACUAAGGAAAAAACUGAAGCUAUGAAGUUUGACGAUAAUAAGAAGGUUGCAUCAGUUGGUUCCACGUUGGGCUCUGAGGAAUGGUCAUACGAGGGCUGCAAUGCGUUGAAUGGUGGCAUGGAGGAUUUCCUUCCUUUCGGUUUUGACAUAUAUUGUUCAUCUUCGUGCAAUUUGGGUCAUGAGCGGAAAGGGCUAAAAAAAGAUGGUAUUCGUGUAGGAAAAGAUUGUGCUAAAACAAGUUUGCCCAAUAAUCCCUUGAACUUGGAUUUUAACUUGCCCAGGGAUCCUUUUGGUAUCGAUAAUUUUGAGUCUAUUACGGUUUGGAUUGAGGAUUUUGGUUCAGAGGGUCAUGUUUUUGAGAUUAAGGAAACGCUUGAAGCAAAGAAGGUUGCAUCAGACGACUACAUAAAAUUCAGUUUCGAUAACUAUGGUUUCCCUCAGUGUGAUGCGGCCCUUAAGUGGAAAGGCCUAGAAAAAGAUUGUAUUCCUGUUAUCCCACCCGAUGGUCUGUUUUUUGACCUUAGCUAUCUUGGUAUGAGGAACCCUCUUUCGGUUGAAGGAGUUUACAAAUUGCCGUGUGAUGAAGUAAGAAACGAUCCCCUUCCAUGGAGAAAUAUUCACAUAGAUCAUCCAUUGAAUGAUAUAAUCACGGACGAUGACCUUCUGAGGAUAACUAACAGGGCUCAAGGUUCUCUUCACAGCCUGAGUCUUGUGGAGUGUAUAAACAUAACUGCUACCGGUCUGAGGCGCAUUUUUCUAAGAAAUCCGGGGUUGUCCAAGGUUUCUGCCGUGUUGAAGGGAGAAAUAAUGAUAGUGAAUAAAGAAGGCUAUAUUGGAUAUUUCAAGGAGAGACGCCAAGGGAUAAGAAUCGAUCCCGCAGAUGAUUCUCAAUCUGAUAUCUCUUAUGAAGGUACUGCUGAUGAUUAUGCAUCUGAUAAGAUUUAUGAAAUUUUCACCAAUGAUCUCUUUGGUUCGGGAACGUUGCCCAAGGAUCGGUCUCAAUCUGAGAUGCCUUAUGAUUACUUUGGUGUGGGAAUUAGCACAAGUUCACCUGAUGAUUGUCCCACAGAUCCUUUUGGUGUAGAUUGGAGAAAAGGCGAGUUUGUUGCAUCUAUUUUGGAUAGGCGCGACGUUGCUGUUCAGCAGCGUAGCGCUGCCAAUGAUGCUGCUGGCUUCGACGCUGCUGCCGGUGUCGCAGCAGCGUUAGGCCGCCUUUUCCCUGAAUACCGUCCAGCUGCAAGUCCUUCAUUUGUUCCAUUGUUGCACUCAAACUCUCAAAAGUAA